AUGCGUGGCCAGCACAUAGAUGACAACUCACAUAAUUUGUUUAUAAUUAUCGUCUCAAACCAAGAUCAAGAAAAUACCCCCAUGCGUCUAAGGAUUAAUACAUUACUGAUUAAACCUGUGCUUGCAGGCUCUGGGUAUCUACUCAACCCGGUUAUAUCAUAUAAAUCAUCAACUAUGCGUGGCCAGCACAUAGAUGACAACUCACAUAAUUUGUUUAUAAUUAUCGUCUCAAACCAAGAUCAAGAAAAUACCCCCAUGCGUCUAAGGAUUAAUACAUUACUGAUUAAACCUGUGCUUGCAGGCUCUGGGUAUCUACUCAACCCGGUUAUAUCAUAUAAAUCAUCAACUAUGCGUGGCCAGCACAUAGAUGACAACUCACAUAAUUU